AUGCUUCGUCGUUUGUCGGUGAAAUCGCAAACGCCCGGGCAAAUCUUCAAGCGUUUCCUUGAUUUUAUCCACUCCAGCAUGUGGGAUAUACCAAUUUCGACGUUUAUCGAGCAGAAAUCGUUGAUGUUCGAUCGCGAGAAUGGUGACCCAACACAGCACGAGCCGAUUCACAAAGAGUACGCCGAUCUCGUCGACGCGCUUAUCGGGUGUUUUUGCGAUGAUUUGGGGAUUACUGGCUCUCAAUUCGCCGAAGCGCUCAGCGCAAUCGAAAAGGAGCAACUCAACGCGAAGACAAGGGCCACUUUGGAGCCGGUGAUGGCCGCGCAAGACAUCGACGUUUUUGUGCCAAUGAUGUGCAAGAAAAACAUCGAAUUACAGCUACAAGCACUGCAAAUGAUCGAGUUUAUGUGUGGCCUUUUGCCUUCAAUGUUAUCGAUGGAGGAGGUAGAGGAAAUUCGAAAGAAGCACGAUUUGUCAACGGAUGAAAUGGAUCACAUCUUGCUUGUGGCCGUGAUUAGGAAAUCAAAGGAGGAAUACGAUGAGGCAGGGAAACGAGAGCUUGACGCAGAUCUAGAGGCAAUCAAACGUUUCGGCGAAGAGGAGAGGAAGCGAUUGGAAGAGGCACAACGACUCGCCGACGAGGCAAAACGCUUGGCGAUCACCGAUUCCGGAAGAGAACAAGCCAGUCCUUCAACGAUAGCACCAACUACAACAACAAAGAGUCCGGAAAAGGCAAAUGAUACUCCCUCAAAGCCUUCAGCUUCCGCAACGGCACUCGCCAAAAAACCACCGAAACCCGAAAAGACAGAAAAGACUGAAAAAACCGAGAAAGUCGACUCAUUGAGUGAAUCGAUGAAAGCGAAGCUCACAAUCGGUCCGCUGAAGAAGCCCAUCGAGAAACAGGAAUAUAAAAGAGAGCAAAGCGGCGGAGGGGAAAACGAGGAAACGAGUGAGGUGCAAAAAUCGAGAACGCCCGCUGAUAUCAAUGCUCUUCUCCAAGAACCAUUUCGGAUAGGCACCGCUGACUUGGCGGCUCGAGCCGAAUACCUCCGCAUGCAACGCGAUCAGAUCAUCAAGAAGAAGCGCGAGGAACGCGAGAGGAAAUUGCAACUAGAAGAAGCUGGAAUGACGGGUGAACGGCCGCGGACAGCGCGCGCGGCAAGGGACGCGCUGAACGGAGAGACGAGCACAGGGAAGAUUGAUGAGGAUGUGAUCAAAGCGCGAAAAACGCUUGCCGAGAAGCUCAAAAGUCAAAUGCUU